AAUUCCCUGUGUUCUUCCUGACCACUUGACCCCCAAGCUGAGAGCAGCCACGCUUGUGCUACAGGAUGCUUCGCCUUGGGUUGCUGCCGGUGGCAGCAGGGCUGUCGGCCGUUGCUCGGCGCUACCACGACACAGCGCAGCAGCACCCCAGGGCUGGGCGCCGGCUCGCGGUGGCAGCAGCUUUCCUGGGGACCACUGCAGCGACAGCGAGUGCCAGGUUCCUGUGGCAGAGGGCCUAUGCAGAAAACUCAUCCUCAGUGAAACAUGAUGCAAGGACAGAGGCGAGUGAGAAGGUGAAGCAUGAGGAGGAGGAGAGCAGCAGCAGUGAGGGCAGAAGGGCUGUUGCAUCAGGUGAUGAGGAGGCUCAGCCAGAAGGAAAGAAGAAGAAGCGUUCUGGGUUCAGGGACCGCAAGGUGAUGGAAUACGAGAACAGGAUCAGAGCCUACUCCACACCAGACAAAAUCUUCAGAUACUUUGCCACUUUGAAAGUGAUAAACGAGCACGGGGAGUCGGAGGUGUUCAUGACACCGCAGGACUUCGUCAGGUCCAUAACGCCCAAUGAAAAGCAACCAGAAAACCUGGGCCUGGAUCAGUUCAUUGUGAAGCGCUACGAUGGGAAGAUACGGGUUAAGUUUUCAUCUAAAUUAUUAGCUGAGCUCAUCCCCACUCUGCAGCCACACACAAUGAAAUUAUCCCAGGAGAGGGAGAAGUUUGCUGAUGAAGACAGCAUCUUUUAUGCACUUGGAGAAUGUGGGCUCAUUUCUUUUUCAGACUACAUCUUCCUCACGACUGUCCUUUCCACUCCCCAGAGGAAUUUUGAAAUCGCUUUCAAGAUGUUUGAUCUGAACGGUGACGGCGAGGUGGACAUGGAAGAGUUUGAGCAGGUCCAGAGCAUCAUUCGUUCCCAAACCAGCAUGGGCAUGCGCCACAGGGACCGCUCCACCACGGGGAACACCCUGAAAACUGGCUUCAACUCUGCACUGACAACCUACUUCUUUGGGGCAGACCUGAAGGGCAAGUUGACCAUCUCCCACUUCCUGGAAUUCCAGCGCAAACUGCAGCACGACAUUCUGAAGCUGGAGUUUGAGCGGCAUGACCCAGUGGAGGGGCGGAUCACGGAGCGGCAGUUUGGCAGCAUGCUGCUGGCCUACAGUGGGGUCCAGUCCAAGAAGCUCACUGUCAUGCUGAAGCAGCUCAAGAAGCACUUCCAAGAUGGAGAGGGGCUGACAUUUGAGGAGGUGGAGAACUUCUUCACCUUUCUGAAGAACAUAAAUGACGUGGACACGGCUUUGAGUUUCUACCACAUGGCUGGAGCAUCUCUUGAUAAAGUGACCAUGCAGCAGGUGGCCAGGACGGUGGCCAAGGUGGAGCUGUCUGACCACGUGUGUGACGUGGUGUUCGCGCUCUUCGACUGCGAUGGGAACGGUGAGCUGAGCAACAAGGAGUUUGUGGCCAUAAUGAAGCAGCGCCUGAUGCGAGGCCUGGAGAAGCCCAAGGACAUGGGCUUCACACGGCUCAUGAGAGCCAUGUGGAAGUGUGCCCAGGAGACAGCAUGGGACUUCACCAUGCCCAAGCCAUAGCAGGCUCAGGGAGGAGCUCCCAGCUUCCCUGUCUCAGCCCUGCCACCUCUGCUGAGGACACCUGCGGGGUGGCAGCAGGCCCUGUGGUGAGCCCAGACUGUUCAAAACAGGAGAUUUUUGUCAAUCAAAGUUAGGAAUCAAAGCCUGCUGCAUUUUCAGCUUCUGCUUGCUCCUGACCCCUUAAUAUUCCUCUCUCUCAGGAAAAAAAAAAAAAAAAGGAAGAGGACUUAACUGCCACCACCUCUGCUUCAUGGUGCAUCAAGCGAGCCGGUGGGGCUGCACCCAAAUUACUCUUGUUUCGUGGUAUCGCAGGAUGGCACAGGGUUGAUUUUAAUUCUUAGGCUCCUCCUAAGAAAGAUGAUGUGGAAUUCCUGGACAGGUCCUAAUGGUGGGACCUAGGAGCAGAGCCCAGUGGUGAGAGGACCCCCAGGAUUUUUAACCAAAUGUUGCACACUCCCUGAGACUGUCAGGGGAAUGGAGGGGAUUGGUGCACUCGCAGAGGGGCUGCUUGAGCCGAGGUGUUGCCUCUGCUGUAAGAGCAAGGAAAGGUUUUGGUGGAGCAAGUGGUUCUGCUGUCCAUCCUGCCUUGCAUAAGCAACCUGCUGCAGGAAGUCUCUAAUUAUUUUAAUUGGGAGUCCUCCCCGAGGGGAAUUGCUGUUCCAUAAUGGGAAGGGACUGAACAGUGUAGUGUGCUGAGUGCUGUCCUCUCUGUAAAGUAUCACAUAAAGAU